AGUCGCGUUCUUGAUUCGACCGUAACGAUUCCGAUAGACCGACCGAGAGAGGCUUGGUGCAGGAAUCGGAGAAAUAAAAAAGAACUGGAAGAGAUAUUGAUCGUAGAAGGAAUUGACGUGAAAGCAAAUGAUUACGUGAAGUUUGAUGUUUACGUUAACGUUGUGGACAGUACGAUUACGAGUCUAUACAGGGAAUUCGUCGGAACAUUCGUCGACAUUCCAAAAGGUACAUCUUCGAAGAAAAAGAUGACAUUGUAA